AUGGAUGUAAAAGCUGAUACACAGGAUAGACCAAAAUUUAAGGUUAAAAAAUGGUCGGCUGUCGCAGUGUGGUCUUGGCAAAUCUCAGUAGAUAAUUGCGCUAUAUGUAGAAAUCAUAUCAUGGAUUUAUGUAUAGAAUGCCAGGCGACAAAUACUCAAGAUUCUCAAACAAUUACGGAUGACGAGGGAUGUACAAUUAGUUGGGGAGCUUGUGGUCACGCUUUUCACCUCCAUUGCAUUUCGAGAUGGCUAAAAACAAGACAUGUGUGUCCGUUGGAUAAUACACAGUGGGAUUUCAGAAUUAGUGAAACAUAA